AAAGUUCCAAUUUUUCCAUUUCGAUUACUUAAUUUUCAGCGUAAUGUGGAAAGCAUCACAAGGUGAUUCCACAGUCUCCACCUCAAGCCUCUCCCAGCAUUAGAAUCCCCAAGACUAUCGACAAAUUCAAUCACGUGUUUUUAAAAAAAACUCCAGUCCAUUCCCUUGUCCCCUCGCUUAUAAAUACCUCAUCAGUUUGAGUUCUGUACGUGUACUUCGCUCAUUGUGGCUCAUUGCCCCUCAUCAUCCGCUCCCAAUCACCUCUAAACAAUCAACAGAACCCCGAGAAUAAACGAACAAUCAUGAUCAGAACUCCCAAUAGUGCCUGACAGUGCCUAACGCCAAUUGAAAUUAGAGAAUCCGUUAAAGCCAGUGCCAAAUCAGAUGUUUGGUUAGUUUUGAAUAUCGAUACCAAGGCGACGUGAGCCACUGCAAUGUUUCAUCAUUGAUUUGAUGAAAGGAAAAUAGAAAUAAUUCAUCAUCCUCGUUACAUUCGUGAUAAAGCCUCGUGACGCUUCCCAUCGCUCCCCUCAGCCAUUCUCACUCCUCAAACCUCAUCAAACUAUUAAACAAACUCUAACAAAACAAUGCAUAGGUAGUUAGUCAAUAAAAAACAUUGCAGUAAACGUAGAAAAAAAAUAACGAGUGUCAGAAGCUAGUGAAUAAAGUGUUAAAACUGUAAACAAAUAGACAUGGAAGCUUAGUAGAAGUAAAAAUUUGUGGUUGUGAGUAUUUCAGUUUAGCAGAAUUGUUUUACGUGUUCAUAAGUGCGAUACAUGUGCAAGCAAAUGGCCGACAACAACUGGACACGAAACAUUGUGUGCCGUUACUACAAGAACGGCGCCUGCAGAGAGGAAGAGAAUUGUCGUUAUCGUCAUGCUGAUGGCAGUCGAGAUUCGGACAUGGAGGACAACGUCAGUAUGUCAGAGACAUCUUCAAAGGCAUCAGGAAGUGUUCCCUGUCGUUUUUUCAAAUGGGGCACUUGCAAAUUUGGCAAUCGAUGUCGAUUCAAUCACGUGCAAUCCAAUCGUGACCAGAGGCCAGAGAGAGAAGUGAAGACAAACGAUCAGACAAUGGCAACUGCAUCGUCAUCGUCCCAAGGGUCUACCAGUAGCACCAGCAGCACGAGCAGCAGCUCGACGUCACGGGCUUGGAGGGAGAAGGAGGGAAGUCGUUCGAAUAAGAGGAGAGGCGAAGAGAUCGAUGGAAAGGAGAGGAAGAAUUGCAAGCCUGAUGAGUGGGUCAAUGCACCAGAGUUUGUACCUGCCACUGGGCUAGGGGACUCUGGGAAGGGCGAGGAGAGCGAGCCAUCCACACGAAAUCCACCAGCGUCGUAUGCCAAAGCUGUCAGUAAUACUGGGACGACGGAGAAUCCUGCCUCGAUGCCGUUGUGCCCCUAUGCCGAGGCCAGUGGCGUCUGCAAGAGGCUUGAUUGCCCGUAUUUUCAUGGAGAUAUCUGUGAACUUUGUGGCAGGGCUGCACUCCAUCCGUUUAAUAAAGAACUCAGCCAGAAACACACUAAUGCUUGCAUAAAACAACACGAAGCAGAUAUGGAACUGUCAUUUGCCAUUCAGCGCAGUCGAGAUAAAGCGUGCGGUGUGUGUUUCGAGAUUGUCAUGGAAAAAUCCUCACGAGAGCAGCGAUUCGGUAUACUCCCCAACUGCAAUCACUGCUUUUGUCUCAGCUGUAUACGUAAAUGGAGACAGGCAAAGCAGUUUGAUAAUAAAAUUAUACGCUCAUGUCCAGAGUGUCGUGUUGCCUCUGAUUUCGUUUGUCCCAGCACUUACUGGGUCGAUACUAAAGAGGAGAAGGAGAAACUCAUUGUAGAGUACAAAAGUGCUCUUAGCCAAAAGGAUUGCAAGUACUUCAAUAAGGGCCAGGGGAAGUGUCCAUUUGGGAAUAAAUGUUUUUACAUGCAUGCUUUACCCGAUGGGACCAAGACCGACGUAGGACCACCAGCUCGUCAAGCUUCGAAUGGUGAAGUUGAUCUUGAUUUCUUGCAGCAACUCCUCUUGUGGAAUUUUCUGGAGGAGAGGGAGAACGGCUGGAUCUACGUGGACGAUCACGACGAAGUGGUCGUACUCUUCUCAGACUCAGAAGAUUCUGAUUGGUCACGACUGGGUCCCUAUGACUAACUAACUCAAUUGUUAACCACAUUUAUUACAAUUUUUUUUUGUUUAUCAUUGUGCCUAUUUCGUAUUGCCUCGAGGAACGUAAAGACACCAUUAUCAGCAUUGGCUAUUUUGAUGCAUAUCUCAUGAAGAAAAGGAAAAAGAAAUGAUACUCAUUACGUCCGCUCUGUACAUUCAAACACACGAAUAACUUUUUCAUUUUUUUGUCAGAAAUAUGAGAUCACGAGAUAACUAAUAAUCUGUGAUACAAUAUAAUUCAAGAGUGUGGUUGCACCGUAUGUUUCUCGUAAUUAAAAAAUAUAUAAAAAAUAGCAGAUUCUGCCCUCUCCAGUUCGAUCGAAGAUUCAAUUACAAGAUGCAUAUUUAGUUGAAAAGCCAAUUCUCGUUUUCUCUGCUCAUAAAGACUCAAAAUAAUGAAGAAAAAAAUGAAUAAAAAUAAAUAAAAAAAUGAAUAAAAUAGAAAAAAUACAAAAAUAAAUAACGCUGAUAAGGGACUAUAAUCGUAGGCACGCUAAAAAGUCUCGUCCAUAAUUUUGUUUUAGAAUAUAUUUUGUUAUAAAAGAAAAAAAAAUACAUGUGUAUGAAAUAAUUAAAAAAAUAAUCAUAAUUAUUGGAAGUUCGAAGAAAAAAUUGUGAUCAGGAAAUUAAUCGUACGACGGAGAAUUAUUACAUCCCCAAACAAUUAGUGAUUAAUCGCUAUAGGCUACAUUGUUAUUCAACGUAUUCUCUGCACAGCAAGGUAAAUUUCCUGUUAUUUGAGGAUAAAGAAGAGACAAGGGAGAAGAGAAGAAAAUAAAGCUUUAGAUCUACCCGAUGAUGAAUAUCAAUCAAUAAAUAAUUAAAGUCAACUUACAAAAUGUGAAAAUACUUGAUAUCUGAAAAAUAUAUCGUGUAUGCCUUAA